AUGAACCGGCGCGGUCUGCUCGUGCAGCAGCCUGGGCGCCGCAGUAGCGGUCCUUCUACACCCUCUUCGUCGUCGACGCAACAACUGACGCGGCUCGCCCCCGAUGACCUGCCGCCUCACCAAACACUGGAGCUGCCACUGUCCGAGGCCUCGGUGCGCAAGAUUGCCGAGAUUGGCAAUCGCUCAGCCAGUCUGCGCGUCUACGAAACCCACCUGAAGAAGUCUGCCGAGCUGCUGCGCGAAGCCGUCGGCAACGUCAACGAGGCCCUGGCCGAGCGCAUUGCCCAGCUCGAGGCGACGGCCGAGCGGCGGCGCGAACGAGGCGGGGACAAGCCGGGCGAGGGCGAAGCGGCGCUCAUCGAGUCGGUGGCGCGCCUCAAGGAGAGCGUGGGCGACCUGACUGCGCAGGUGGAGCGGGGCGCGCGCACGACCAUUGACCGGCAGAUGGAGCUCGAGGACGAGCGGCAGGCGCUGACGGCCAUGGCGUCGCGGAUCGAGGCACGGUACCGUGAGGACAAGCAGCGGAAGCAGCAACAAGAGCAAGAACGCGAAGCGAGAGCAGCCGAAGGUGGCAGCCGAUCACGGCGGCGGCGACGGAAGCGGCGGCGAACCGAUGACGGAACGAAGCAAGAAAACAGCAACGACGACAACGGUGGAGACGAGGGCGACAGUGGCGAAGACGAUGAUGACAACGACAACGACGACGGCGACGGAGACAUUACCAACACGUACCAGGGCCCGCCCGCGGCGAGCGCUCUGAGCAUCUUGCGCGAGGAGCGUGCCAUCCGUGCCGCCGCCUACGCCGAGAUGACGGCCCACCAAAAAUACGGCCUCAACAACGACUACAUUGCCUUCAAGCAGAUGCUGCACGUCAGCAUGUACCCCGACGAGGAUGUACAGCUGCCCGAUGCGUCCCAAUGGUUUGACGCGGCGGGUGAGCCGGCCCCGUACGGGCCCCGUGCCGGCAGCGGCGCAGGCGACAGUGGCGACGAGGUGGGCGGCGACAACGACGACGACGAUUUGGUCGUCCAGCGCGAGGUUAUCAGCUUCAAGUGCCCGUUGUCGCUCGUGGUUAUGCAGGACCCCUACCGCAGCAACGUCUGCAAGCACUCCUUUGAGCACAGCGCCAUUAUGGAGUACCUCCGCCCCACCGGCAGCAGCCGCAGCGCCGCCCAUGUCCCCAAGAAGUGCCCCCAGACUGGCUGCACCAAGGAGUUUACCGCGCUCGACCUCGUCCCCGACACCACGAUGCGCCGCCGCAUCCAGCAAGCCGCGAGGCGUGAGCGUCGCCGCCGGGAUGCCGCCGAGGCGGCCACGUCGGACGCCGAGGGCGACGGCCAUGGCGACGCGGAUAACGGCCCGGAACACGCCCAGGACGUCGACGACAUUGUCGACGCCAGCCAGCUGCGCCGCAUGACAAAGGCAGAAAGCGAGGCCCGGAGUGUCAAGCGGGAGCGUUUCCAGCGGACACACUAG